GUAACUUCCAUCGCCCCCUGGAUAGCUCUAGUUUUCUCAGGGGGGCGAUAUCGCCCACUUUGGGAAACACUGCUCUACUGUCUUGAGUACAGACAAUUUAUACCCGCGUAAAAAUGUACUUAUCACCAUUCACCUAACCUUUUUUGUUACCACGGUGUACUUACCGAGGGUUUGGUAGAAAUAUAAAGGAAUGUUUGUUUUUCAUAAUUCGAGGUUAACACGAUUUUUCAACUAUCAAUUGUAACAAUAUUAUGAAUUUAUGAAUUUAUGAAUUAACCACGUUUAACAAAUAACGAUUAUUGUAAUAUGAUUAUCUUGGUGUUUUGGCCCUCCAAAAAACCAGUUAUUUCAGUAAAACAAAAUUGCCCAAUUAACUAUUGAAUAUUGAUUUUGGGAAAUUAAAUUACAGAUAUAUAUCGUACUUAUAUUUGUAUUUCAACUGCAUAACUCAUAGUAAGUUGUAAGGUUGUAUUGAAGUAUUAUGUUUAGAUUUUAUACAAUAUACAUUUUGUCAACGUUAAUAUUGUUUUCAACAGUAACUUACAACUCAUAUUAGUGUGAACUUUCAAACUAUCUGAAACAACCAUGGACCGUCCGCUUUUGGUGAACGAAUUUGAAGAGAUGGGGUUAUCCAUUUCGGACGAUAUUCUAGACGAAUGUGAGUGAUUAUUUAAUAUAUAUAAUAAUAUUAUUGAUUCAAGUUUUAGAUAUGGCUGUAUUUAUUGUAUUUUCAGCAUUUUAUAUUUUUAUUACUAUUAGUAUUUUGAUUAAGAUUUUGAAAAAUAUCUACACAUAUUAAAAAUGUAAUAUGUUGAUUAUUUUGACUUGUUCUAAUUUAGUAGAUUUAACAAUUUAACUAAGACAUUUUUCAUUUAAAAAUAAAUACAACUUUAGAAAAUAAAUAUAAGUAAUUAGAUCAAAAUUCUAUUAAAAUGUAUAAAAUACUUUUUACUUUAAUAUUGUAUGCAUUCAAAAUUCUAUAAAUUUAAUAUUUUUAUUUUUGCAGGUAUCAUUAUUUGUCAUACAUAUAAAAUAACAGCUUCGGAUUUGGUUGGAUCUUGGAUAGCUUACUGUGCCUCUUCUCAAAUUGAUGCUAAUGAUUUGAGUAAAGAAAGACUGAUGAUAUUAGUUAAAUCGUUCAAAGUAGAUUCAGACAAUAAAAGGUAAAUAUUUUAUGUUAUAGUAAUAUUAUUAAGUGAUCUUAAUAAUUGUGAGUAAUUGUCUGAAUAUGACACAUAUUUUCUUACAAUGUAAAUAUAUAAUAUUACAAAAAAUAGCAAAAUUUGAAUAAAGAAAUUCUCAAUUUUUAUUAUUAAAAUUAAUAACACAUACCUAGUUAAAAAGUUAAUUAGGUUCCUAAUAAUUAUAAUAUGUAAUUAAAUAUUUAAAUAUCAUUUUUAUUUUAUUGUAUUAUUAUUAUGUCAUCUUUUACUAUUUAAAAAUUAUAAAUUAAAAACAAUUUUUUCAUAAUUUAUAGGAAAUCUCUUGAAUUAAAAUCAUACACAAACAAUUUUACUUCCUUAUCAACGGUUCAUAAGGCAGACUCAAUCAAAGUAAGUUUUUUUAUAUAUAUAUAUGUAUACUGUGUAGUAUGCUACCUAUGCUAUUUUCUAUUUCAUGCCAUAUUCUUUUAUAUGUUAUAUUUUAUUUCAUUUAAUUCUGGAAAAUACCUAUUAGAAAGACUCAGGUUAUCAAUAUCCACCAAGAAUUACAUUUAGAUAUAUUAUUUUAGUGAAUAUUCUUUUGCCUUUUUGUUUAUAAAUGUAUUAUUUUGAAUAAAUUAUAGUUAAUUAGUAGAUAGAAUACCUAACAAAACAGUUUUUAGUAGAUGACAUUUUACAGUAAAUACCAUACUACACACUACAAUUUGUUCAAAUGCUUAGUUGACAUGUUUAUUUCUAUAUAUAAGUUUACACCAGUUCACCCUGUAAAGGCUGAUUUAGUGAUAACAUAAUAUGCACUCUGUUCAGUGACUGGCAUUAAUUACCUAAUUAAAUAAUAAUAAUAAUGUCUAAAAAUAUAAUAUAACAUGAAUGGGGUAAUGGCCAAUACGAGGUCUGGCUAUUAAAUAACGAGACUGCUUAUGAAAAAUUGUUUUAUUUUAAAAAUUAUUCCAUAACCAAAUGUUCCCCUUCAAUAUACUCUCCUCCCCUCUUCACACACCGUUUCAUUUGUUUCUUCCAUUGCUCAAGGCAGUGCUGGAAGUCUGUNACCUCUUCCAUCGACUCAAACCGGAUUCCUUUUAAGGCAGACUUUAUCUUCGGAAACAAGUAAAAGUCGCAGGGUGCCAAGUCCGGUGAGUAAAACACGUGUUCAAGUACUGGAGUGCCUUAAGCGGCCAAAUAAUGCUUCACAGACAGCGCAUUAUGGGCAGGUGCAAGAUCCACGACUUGUUUUUCCACAAUAUCGACCAUUUCUUACGAACUCAUUCACGCAAUGUUGCCAAAACUGUCAAAUAGUAAUGUUGGUUUGACCCUCUGGAACCCAUUCAGUCAUCAUGAUGCCGUUAAUAUCCAAGAAAACGGUUUUGAAUUUGGAUUACAAUUGAAUUGGAUUCUGGUGCACUCUCGACCUUCAGAAAAUAAUUUAUGUCACUCAAAAACACGCGCCCGAGAUAGGAAAUCCUCACUAUAGGCCUCUUUUAACAACUUAUAGCACUCAGUUGGAGGUUUUUUUAGUUUAACGAGAAAAAUUUACUAAAAUACUAAUGCACCAACAAAAACCCAAUUUUGUACUGGCAUAAUAGACACUUCCAGCUAACCAGCGCUGUAUUCGGUUUUCCCUUAACCUUUUUGGGACGCUCUCUGCGCGCGCAGUCUCGUUAUUUAAUAGCCAAACCUCGUGUUACCCAACCAAUUGAUGAUCAUCUGUGUGUUCAUAAAUAUGUUCAUUAAAUAUAAGAAGUAAUUUAAAAAUUGUUGUAAAAGGGUCAAGAUGAGAUCAUUUUCCUCUCCUCAAUAGGUCUUUAAUUUAAUUCAAUUUUUGUUUACCAUGACUAUAAUACUUGCAAUUAAUGUUUUAAAAUACAUUUACCCAAAAUGCCUGUGGAUGCCCAUGGUUGGCAUAGUAUUGAUUAAAAAAAAAAAAAACAAAUUAUUAAUGUUUCUAGAUGAUCCCACUGAUAGAUUAAUAUAUUUGAACUAUUGCAUUGAUUAUCUAUUAAACCAGUUAAAAAAAAAUUGUAUAUACACUUAAACUUAAAAGUACAGUGAUAAGGGGAUAUUUCUUAUGUGGAACAGGUGUAGCAAAAAUGUGUUUAAAUAAAAUUAAAAAAAAAAAAUAACCUUUAAAAGUCAAACAUACAAUUUCAUUUAUUAUAUAAAACUUGAAGAUGAUAACAUUUUGGUUGUUAGGUCAUUAAUAUUUUACAAUUCUGUAAAUAUUCACUUCAUUUAUUAGGUUAUUUUAAGUGUUCAUAGAUUGUACACACAGAGAUGGAUACCACUGUGAUGACUUCUUAAUUAUUAUCAUAUUAUUAUGUACUUUUAUAUAAUUUUCUUUUUAUGGUCAGUGUUUUCAAUCCAUUUCUAAAAAAUGUGUGACAAAUGCUAAAACCAUCUAAGGCAACUUCUACUUGUUGAUGGUAUUAAAUAUUAACUCCACUCUUAAAAUCUUGAUACAACUAUAGUAUAUGGUAUAUUGUUAAGAUAAUUUUGGAUAACAUACAUUUUGGUAGACAAUUAUUACAAUAGUAUUGUGAUCUCUAAAAACAACAAUGAAAAUAGUUUUUUUUUAAUAUGUACUAACUUCUAAAAUUUAAUAUUCUGAACAAUAGUAUUUUAUUAUAAUACAUUAUACAACCUAUUAUAAAGUUAAAUGAUAAUUAAUUAUCAAAGAAUUUUUGCAUCCAAUAUAAUUUAUUUAACCCCUGUGACUAUUGUCAAUAGUUUAUUAAAUACAGUUACUUUUCAUACCUUAUUAUGGUCUCUAUAUCUAUAAACAUUGAAGCAUUUAGUCCAUUUAAGAACAUUUUGCAGUUGCGUCAUUGUUCUACCGGACAGAAAUAUAUAGUAUUAGACACUGUAUACUGUGUUUAGUAAAGAAUUGUUUGGUUUUACAAAGAUGUUUAUUUUUUUUUAUGUGAACACUUUUUCUAUUAGAAAGCUUACUCCGAUUAUUAAAUAUAGCACCUGGUUCUUUAGAAUUGAAAGAUUAAAAAUAAGGUUGUCAUUAGCAACUAUUUUUAUUUAUUUUUUUGUUAUUAUUAAGUUUAAAUUAUUUUAAUAUUUUUAAACAAUCAUUGUUGUCAUGGAACUACACAUUGUUUUGAUCAUGUUACCAUAAUAUAACAUAUAUAUAUUGUUGACAAAGUAACACUAUCAACUAAAUUCCCCUCAGAAUGGUUUUUUUAUUAGCAAUAGUUUAUCAUUGCAUACAAAUAUACAUUAAAUUCUUGUCUAUAUUCUACCUUCCCAACUUUCCACCUACAAUAGUGGCUGCCCACAUGCGAAGUAUGUCGGUUCAUUUUUUUUUUUAAUUUGUUCUUAAUUUAUAGUUUUACUAUAAUGUGUUUUUAGUCUGAAUAAUUUUUCAAACAGAAAUCAUUCUUCAAUCAUUAACUUCAGUGGUGGUUUCUGAAUUUGUUAUAGAUGUUAUUUACUUGAGGAUGCACUUUUUUGAUUUUCUUAAUAAUGAAUGAAAUCUAUUAAAAAAUAGUGGUGGGAAAGAUUGGAUUAACUUAAACCAAAAGACUGAUUUUAUGUUUUUCAUUUUGUUCAAGAAUUAAACUUUGUUAAAUAAAUUAAAUAAAUUUAGUUUAAAAAAAACUAAAUAAGGCUUUUAUUUAACUUAUUAGUGGACUAAAAAGUAGAAAAUAAAUUCUCAUACCAUUCUACCUAGUAUAGGGAGUAUGAUGGUACUUUAACUGUUAAAGUGUGCUCAAAUAAAAACCUGGGGUGCUUUACUUGAAUCAUCUUAAACCUUUAUAUUAAUAAAAUAAUUGUUGCCCAUUUAAUCUUCAUUUUUAUAUUUAUGUUGGCACUUGUUCAUACUUUGUUGUUUGAAGCUCAUAUGUGAAUAUAUUCACAUUUUAAUUUUUAUUUGCCCAGCUUUGCACCAGGUUUUUACUUGAGUACACAUCAACAAUGAAAGUACUAUUGUCCAUCAUACUCCAUCUACCCAGAUAGAAGGGAAUCAGAAUUUAUUUUAAAUUCCAAACGUAGGGAGGGAGCUAUUGGUUUUACUAAAGUGUUUGUUUUUUUUCUUCUAGAUUGUGGACACGUUUUUCCUAUUAAACUUGCCCCAAUUUUACGUGUAGUAACUUUUCUGAAAACUCAAGUUGUCUAGAUUGUUCUUUUAAAAUAAAAGCACUUAAUUGGGAAAAAACAUACAAUUUCACGAUUUCAUUAUUUUAUAAAAACAAGGUUUUCUACCAGAAAAAAUGAUUUAAUCGAAAAAUCACAAGACCCAUUUUUGUUGCCUUUUUGAUUUACUUUCUUACAGUAUCAUCUCCAAAACUCUUGAGUCAAUUUGAGCUUUUAAGGAGUUAUAAUUUUUGGGAGUUUUUUUGCUGUGAUUCAGUUAUAAUUACACGUAGAGACAUGAAACUUGGUAAUAAUACUGAUAUUGGAUUUACCUAGAUGUAAUAAAAUUUCGUCCAACUACUUUUUUUAAUUUUUUUACAAUGAUACUUUUUUUUAUAUAAAAGUGUAGAACACUUAACAUUUCACUUUUAACAACAAGAACACAAGAAAACUUGCUCCUAUGUAUAAGUGUAGCACCUUUUCUGAAAGUCAAUUUUAUCAACUUGGUAAAUACAUAGGUCAUUUUUUGAGAACUUCAAGAAUGUAGAUACUAUCAUAAUAUUAAUCAUAAAAUAAGAAUAAUGAUAUUUUAUUUGUGUUGGAUUAUCAAUAAUUUAAUUUUGAUAUGCUUACUAGAAUUUAUAGUAAAAAUUCCCAUUAUUUGAGAAUUAAUUAUAAAUUCUUGAAAUAUUUCCUCAUUUUUAAAUAGCGGGAAAUUAUUCAUCACUAUGCGCAAUGCGGUGCAUUCUCAUUUGGAAAUUAGUAUAAUAGUAUAAUAAAAUCUACACGACUGACCAAAAUCAGUCCUGUUGAAAUAUUUACAAUUUGCGUGAAAAUAUGAUUUUAAAACUUUACAUUAAACACAAUUUUUUUGCAUACCACUUAUAAUGUACCUCCUAUCAAUUUUCAAGCAUUGUUUUUUCCAAUUAUUAUAAAAAAUACUGUAGCUAUCAAAAACCGACUUUUUCUGUUAUUGGCUAUGUGUUAAAAGGAGCAAAAUCAAUCUCUUGACAUUUUUGAAUUUGAGUAAUAUUUCUGGUAUAAAACAUCAUGUUAAAAUAAUAUGAUAAAAACGUAAUAUAAAUGCCAUAAAUAUUUGCCAUUUUACUUAUUUUUUCUUUCGAGUUUUUCCCUUUUAUUUCGAAAACCCCUUGGAAAAUUGAAAAAUGACUUCAGAAAAUUACCUUUCAGAAAGGUACUUCAGUCUAUACUUUGGAGAAAGUUUUCUGCUAAAAAAGAUGUUCACAUGACUAAAUAAAUAAAAAUUCCAUUUUGUCUUAAUAAAAUGUUUUUUUGUUAAUUUGUAUUGACUAAAAUAACUAGACAUUAGUAUAUUACAUGGAUUGAUUGAUCUUUAAAUAUAUUUAGUUUUUAGGGACAUUUCAUCUUUUGACAAAAAGUGACAUUUUUAAUAUAUUAAUUUAUGAUUUUGUUAAUGAUUUUCGGUCCGAUAAAUAUUUUUUUUUUUUUAAGAAAUUGUGAAAAAUAUUCCUAAAUAUGCAAUAUAAAAUUAUAGAUUUGCAUUUAUUGUAAUAUGAAAAAAAAAUGUCUUUGAAACUGGCCUUUUUUAUGAUUGUAUGAAAUAAACAUGUAAAUCUUAUCUUAAGUCCUCUGCCUUAGUAACUACUCUUCAGUGUGUGUAUCCUUGUGAAAACUAUAACAGGCCUAUUACUUAUUUAUUUUUAAAUUUUUUUUGUUUUAAUUUCAUCUGUAUCACGAAGAUAAUCCAUAAAUCAACAAAAAUAAUUGGAUUAUUGUACUAAAAUGUACCAAUAACAAUUAAUUUUUUUUUUUUGACUCUUAUAAAAUGUUGCGAUUGCACCGUUUAUACAAUUAAAAGAGAACAUUAUUUUGGAGGGCAAGAUGAUGCAUUUCUUUUUAAAUUCUGAGUAGAGCAAAAAAGCUUAUGGUUUUAUAAAGAUGUUUAUUUUUAUUCUUUUUUUAUUUGUUAACAACUUUUCUAGCAGCAAUUUCGCUCCAAAUUUUAUUGAUAGCAAUGUUUCUAAUAGGAAAUUUCAGUAGCUAAGUACUUUAAUAAGGACAUUUUUCGAUUUUCCCAAGAGUUUUCUCAGCAAAUGUAAGAAACAUAGAAAAGUUGGGAAAAUCAGUACAACGUUAAACAAAUAUUAUUAAAGAAAAUAUAUAAAGCUUAUUUAAUUAUUUUACUAUAACAUGUCAUAUAUAUUGUUGACAAAAUAUCAACUGAACUCCGCUCAGAAUUAUUUUUUCGUGAGCACUGCUUACAGGUAUACAUUAAAUUAUCUAUAACAGUGGCUGUACCUAUCUCCAUUAUCCUAGGACGUCUUUAAAUUUUACAGUCAUUUAAAAAGGAUAAGUAAUUUUUAUUUCUAAAUGAUGCAUCGAACGUCAUAUCCGGAAUAAUAAUAAAAAAUGAUAGGAAACACGCAUUGUCUGGCAAUACAAAAUAUUUGCCUCUUUUAUUUUAUAAAAGUGAUUUUACUCUAAAACCAAAAAAAAAAUUUAACUAUAUUGCUCGUUAGUUGAACUGAGACAGCACAUGCGGGUAUAGCUUCCUUUUAAUAAUAAUUUAAUAAUACAAUUAUUCAAUAAACUAUAUUUUUAUAUUUUAUUAAUUAUUAUUCUUAUUAAGGUGCUAUUGAUAACAGUUAACUCUGACAGACAUUAGUUAGAUUGUUCCUUGAUUUUAGUUACUUUUAUUCUGUGCAGUUUGUUAUUCUGAUUGUGAUUCUGGAGUGAUUUAAUUUUUGUGUAUUCGGGGUUGAUCACGCUGAUAAAAAUAAAAUGUCCAUUAUCAUUUAGAAAAAAUUGUCAUUUUGGAAGAACUAUCUAAGUCAAGUUUUUAAACAGUAAAUGGCCUUAUUUAUCUAAUAAAUAAAUAAAUAAAUAAAUAAAUAAAUAAAUUUAUUUAGCUUGAUGUCUUGCUCCAGGAGGACUUAACCUUAUAGAUUAUUUAAAUUUUGCGGGUUUUAGACAUAGUUUUUAUACGGUAGGACUCAGUGGAUAGAAUUGUUAGACUUAACAGAAAUGCUUGAAAAUUUAACAAGAGGUUCAAAAGUAAUACUUUGUGGUCGAAAACGAAAAUUUGAGCAUAAUGUUGAUUUUUUUUUUUUAUAAAAGUAUUUUAGUAUCAAAUUUUGACAAAAACCGUUUCAAUAAAAAAUUAUUCUGAACAAAUCUAGUUACUGGUUCAUACAAAAUUUUUGUUUUGAACAUAAUAUGUACAAUUCUCAUAUGUACUCAUAUAUACUAACAUCAUACGUAUUCGUAUAUUGCCGAUUUAAAAACUAUAGUGAAGUCAGAAUUGAGCGGACUAACUUAGUUUCGAGAUUAUAGCUUUUAAAAGUUCUGAUAUUAUGCGGAUAUUAUAUAAGAUGUUAUGUUUAAUAACUGAAUAUUGACAAUAUUGUAGAAUGUCUGCCGUAUAGUCUAGUGAUGUUAUGUACUUGUUGUCAUCCCAAAGAUGGCAAGAUCAAACCCGAGUUUCCAAAAUUAUUUUUGCAAAAUUACGUAGGUAGGUAACAAGGAAAAACAUAUUUAUUUUAGGUGCAUCUAGAGACCCAAACGUGACCCUAAUGUGACGUAUAUUAUAUUGUUGAAAAGCAAUACUAUUAACCUAGCUCCACUCAGAAUCAUUUUUCAUUAGCAAUAAUUAAUCUUUACCUACAGAUAUAUGAGUACCAUUAAAUUCCCCUAUUUAUAGUAACACUUCUAAUAACUUCUCAUCUACAACAGUGGUCCACCCAUCGUGCUGGUAUAUACUGUCUUUUUUUUUAUUAAACAAUGUAGGUAUUUUUACACAAUUUUAAUUUCUAGUUAAUAUUAUUUUAACUAAUUAUUUGUAGUUGUAUUGUAGUGUAUUAGGUAUUAUUAUUGUAACUAAUUGAAUAAAUAUUUGCCAGAAUUCUAACUAAUUUAAUUUAAAUUAAAUAGUAAUUAUUAAUGUAGUAAUUGCUAUAAUAAUAAAUACGGGAUAAUAGUCAUGUACUUAUUAAUCACCAAAAGUUUUGAUUGCAUAAUAAAAUGCAUGAUUAUAAUAACGAAUAUGAAAUGGUGUCUUACAAUAUGAAACGAAAUUAUCAUUAUUGAUAUAUUGUCAUAUUUUUACACCAGUUUACUCUAGUGGAUUUCUUAAAACAUACCGGUUUGAUUGUAAAUUGUAAUAAUAAAGCUUUAUUGUAAUAAUUGUACAAAGUAUAAUUAACAUUUUUUUGAACACAUAAAUUUAUUACAAAAUAAUUUGUUUUAAAUAUUUAUUUAUUAUAUUACUAUUAUUUACACUAAGGUUAUUCAGAUACUGUUUUAUUAGAAAUUACUUGAUUUAAUUAAAAAGAUUCGUUCAUUUAAUUUAAAAUACCCAUUCAAUUGAAUAGCCGUAAAUUGACUUCAGCAAUUAUAAAAGAGUCUGUAAGCAAAAACUGCACAAGAUUAUAUUAUUUUAUAUUGUGUAAACUAUGUAGUUAUUUGAAUUUAGUCUACAUGUUUCUUACACACAUAAACAAGUUAAUUUUUAAUUUGUUAAAAAUUGUUAGUUUAAAUUGUUUUCUUUAAAAUACUUUGAAAUUCACUUUCAGGUAUAUGCAGCUAUGCAAAUAUUUAAAUGUAAUAAUAAUAUAAUUAUUUUGUAUGUCAACAAAUCUGAUUUACAAAUUUCCUCCUAUUUACAAAUAUUAAGAUCUGCUUUAAAUGUAUUUGCCCAUUUUUAUAAUCUUUUUUUAUAUACAUGUUUGGUUUUUCAACUAUGAUUGAUUUUAAACAAAUUAUCUGUACUUUGUACAUCAUUAUGCAUUUAAAGCGCUCUGUAAUGUAAUUUGAGUAAUUACGAGAACUAGUUAUACAAUUUACAUGUGAAUGAAAAUCUGUAAGCACAUUUAAAUCAGCUUUUAUGAGACUUUUGAAGUCAUUAGCAAAACAAAAUGCUGGAAAAUUAAAUUAAAAUACAAAUUAUAAAUUAGUAAUUUGAAAUAGUUAAUAACAUUUAAAAAUAAUUGUUUAAUAAAACAUAAACAUUUGUAAUUGAUAAAAUUGAUUGGUAUCUAAUUUUCACAAAAUAAGGGCAAAUGACUGUUACUCUAAUUUCUGUAAUAAUCCAAGUCAUAAUACCGUAGUAGUCAUACAACCGUAAGCAGUUUAACUUAUUAUUUAUACCUGUAGGGAAUAAAAAUGACAGUCCGGCUGAUAACAAAAUUCAAAAAUAAUCUAAUGUAAUAAACGAUUAGUACAAUGUGAUGGUGAUGAUUUCGUGGUUUUUCGUCUUGGUUUUUUUUUCCUGCUACCGAAUUAGUUGAUAAAAAUGUUUUGAAAAAACGGAGAAACGUAUCAUAUUCAACAUUUCCCAGGGACGAAAAGUUCAUUUGCCACCCACCCACCGGGUGGGUAUAUUAUUUGUUUUUAAUAAACGUAUGAGUGAACGCCCAACGGACUUUUUUUUCUACUAAUCGAUACAUUUUUCUGGCACCAGGUGCCGAUUAUGCUGGGCGCGGAAUUGGAUUUAAAAUCAGUGGUGUCAUCGCUUUACACAAAACGAAGAAAAUCCGCACGUUGUGAUUAGCCCGCUGCUAUUCCUGGUCGUAAUAAUAAAUAAUAAUGUCGGUAUAGGACAGUCACCGAGUAAAAAUCUUAGAAAACGUUCAAACGAACGAAAUUGAAGGUUAAAGAUUACCGACCGGGUACUAGUCUAACCGUCGUGUUGAGCAAAAUAAAAAAAAUAUUUUUAUAAAUAUUAUAUUUCGUACCUACUCGGUUAUAAUAUUAUUAUUAUUGUAUAGGUACCGCGUAUAUGAGUAUACGGGGGGUUCCGAUAGGCCGGGCGGCGGCUGCAGCGCCCGUUGCGCGCGUACGCCUGAACAUACAACAACAAUAAUAAUAACAACGGCGACGGAGAAACGCGCGGCGCCGCCCGCACCCGCGCGGGCCAAACGUAUCCCCCCGUCUAAUAGGACCCGGAUUACACCCCGUCGAAUACCGGAGUAGACGUGUACUCGAAAUCAUUACGGACGACGUUCGAUUGGUGGCGAUGGGUCGUCGUCGUCGGUCGAGCGGCGUGCGCGCGCGGUGUACGCUACAGCGCGCCGCGAUAUUAUCGCCGGUACCCAUACGUUUAUUGUACCGCGCCAGUACCCAUUAUAAUAUUAUUACAAUGUGAUACAGUGAACCCCAGCGCGCCGCCACACUGGGCCGGAUAAAUAGCAAUGUUAUAAAAACCGUCGUCGUGCGCGCGCUGGAAAGCCGGCUGGAAUCCACUGGUUGCCGCAGCCGCCGCCUACCUGGCGGCGCGCGGCCACGCGGUGACCGGCCGUCCCCUCCCUUGUUGGUCCGUCGGUAUUUUUUUUUUUUUCACCUUUCCGCGACGACGACGACCGGUAGGCACCCGUCGAAUGUGUGCGCGUGCGAGCGUGUGCAUACGGCGCGUUCCUCUCGGUGCCCCGGUGAGGCGGCUGCAUCAAUCGCGUGCGUGUGUGCCGUGGCCGAGCAGCGCGAGCGUUCAAGGCCAAAACACCGGAGUUUUGAAAUUUUUUUUUUUUCUCGUUUGUUUGUAAUCCAGCUUUACGGCGCCGCGGUGCGUGCGUACGACGCUUCUCUUUCUCUCCGGUCGGCGGCGCGUCGUACGUACGACGCGUCGGUCGGUCGGUUUACCGUGCGGCGUCGUCGCCGGUUCAUUUCGCUUCGGAGACCCAUUGCGCGUUGUCGCCGUGCUCUCGGGUCUCCCUUAAAAAUAUCGUACGUAUCGCGACAAAAUAGAUAUUUGAUUUUGUCGCGGCGCGUAUUGUAUUUUUGUGUAUCGUCGUUGCUGGGACACGGACGGAACGUCGCGGCCAAACUGGUAUUGUUAUUGUUUUGCAUAAAUACGUUUUUUCCGUGCUCGUCGUACGUCAAUUAUAUUUACUUGGAUAAUAUUUAAUAUCGACAUUACGCGUUUUUCUCCGUUUUAAAUAAAUAGCAAUAUUCCACAAUAUCGCUCGCGCGCGGCAGCUUCAAUCGAUUCUGUUAUUUCGGUACACUACACUGUGCGUCGUUCGCUUUGUAUUUCGUCCGGGCAUUGUUUAUAAUAAUAUCAUGUAAAUAAAUAUUAUUAUUAUUAAUUUUUUUCCCGAAAAUACCGCCCCCUCCCCCGCGCCCGCCGCCGUUGCCGCCAUUCCGGUCUGUCCAUCUGCCCCCUCCCUCCUCCACCACUUCGUUACUUUUUCUUAACCGCCGCCGUCAAUUGACUAUCGCGCCGCGUCCAUUCCCGGCUAUUAUUAUUGUCGGGCGCGCAGGGAAAGUAGAACGUCUUGUGUUUCGUAAACUCGUUCCGAGUCCGUCCCAUUACGCGCGCACACGCACACGCACCCGUAACCCUCGUCGCCGCCGCCGUCGUCGUCUCGACCGUUCUCUCCCUUGUCUCGCGUCGUUUUAAACUGUCGGUUUUUUUUUCCUCUUCAAUUAACUCCGAAUAUUCUUUUUUUUUUCGAAUUCGUACACGGUGUUUUUACUUUCUUCCCCGUUUCAAUAUUCCUUCUCGUUUGUACCGUACGAUCCUUCGGUCGCCGUCGGCGUCUUUCAACGUUCGUUUUAUCGUCUCUCCCCCCGCCCCCCUCUAUCUCCGCCGCGGUUGAACCAACGACACGAGUUUGAACAGACGGAACGCGCAUUAUGCGUAAAGGAGAUUUAAACGAAAAGAAAAAAACUGUUCUAGAUGCGUAACGUACGUACACAAAUGGUUGGACGGUCCGUGGGUGUUUUUCUAGUCUACACUGAAUAUUUAAAAGCUGUGACUAGAUCUACACUCAUCAACUGCUUACCAAGUUCCUAGACUGCUUACGUUCAUCUAAAUUUUUUAGAAAUUAUUACUCUAUUGUAAAGUUUUAAUGUUUUAUUUUUUUUUUUUCUAAUUUUACACUGUACUCUCCGUUUGAAUUAUUUUUAUGUAAUAUUUGUUUGUUUUUUUUCGUACGAAUGUUGUAUUUAAAUUCAAUAUAUUAUUAACUGUUAAAUUAUCUAUUAUAAUAUGCAUUUAAUGGUGUUGACCAAAACAAAAUAUAUCUAUAUAUUGCCUACUUACAAAGGUAUUGUUUUUUAUUUAUCCUUUGUAUUUAUAUUAUUAAUUUUGAGGGUAUUAAUUAUAAUGUGUGUUAUUUUUAGAAAUAUUUUAAUUUUAACAUAGAAAUAACACAAUUUAUAAUUUCACAGUUGUACUAAACUCUAAAUAUUUUUGUUUGGUUAAAUGAAUUGCCUAUUUUUUUAGCAUUAGAUAGGUUCCUAUAUUACGUUGUGUAAAUACAUACCUAUCUAAAUUGUGUGUAAACCACAUAACAUGAUCCAUUUUUACGUAAAUCAAUAUUAUUGUUUUAAUAUUAAUUUCAAUGUACUGAAUAUACAACUUUAAAUUCUUCAACAAAAUACAAUAGUAGUUAGGUACUUAUUAUAAUAAAAUUGAUCUGGGUGAAAACGUGAAAGUAAAUCAUAAAUUGAAUUAUAAUAAUGUGUAACAACCUAUCAAAACAAAAAGUGGGUAAUAUUCUUAUAUUCAUUAGUGUCUAUAUAAAUACUUGACAUUUUUAAUUUGAUAUUAUUGGAAUGAAGGUAGUACAAGAAUAAAUAAACAAAUACUGUUUUAUGAAAGGACAUUAAUUAUGGUUGCCUGCUGUAAAAUUUUAAAUAAGAUUAGUUGAACCUAUCAACAAUAAAAGCAUUCAGGAGUUCAAACAAUAGGGUUCCACAUAUACUAUAAUGAUAUACAAAUGUUAAUAAUGUUAUAAUAUAUAGGUAUUGUAACCACACGCAUAACGUAUGUGUUUGGUUUUAUAAAAAGAAAAUAUAAUAUAAAAAUUUAGUAUUAAACCUAACUUAACUAUAUAAUAUUUAAUUAAAUAAUUUUUGUUCCAAAUAAUAAAGGUAUUGAUAUAAACAUUGUAUAAUGGUAUUUUAUUUAACUGAACGUACAGAAUAAAACAUAAGGUAUAUCAGAGGACUAAUAUUUAUGUACAUAUACUUCUGAGUCAUUUUAGAACAACUUGAAAUGAAUGUGACAUGUUCUUUACUCUGUCUGAUAUAAAUUUGUAUAGUAUUAAAUUUCUUAUUGUUGAGUAUUUGAAAGAACGGAGCAAAUGACAAUUGAUACCUAAUUAAGUACCUGUGUACUUCAUGAAAUAAUAUCACUGUGUUCCUAAGAGUUUAAAUUAACUUUAGAUCAAUUUAUUCAAUUAUCAUAAAAAAUAUAGUAUAACCGGUUGUGAUAAAAUUUAAAAGUUUGAAGUGUUUUAAAUACCCAAGUAGUUACCUAUUUCAAUAUUUAAUACAGGCGUUUAGCGUAUUUAAAAACUCCUAAAACUUCAAUGAACAGCAACGGUUUUUAAUUGUAAAUAAUAAGACUACUUAUAAAAUAUAUUUAAAUCACCAAUGUGUAAUGCAGUGCCUUUCAAUGAAAUGUUCCAACAUUAUUUACAACUGUAAUAGUCAUUACAUUUUUCUAAUGUCUUACCUAUUUAUUAAUUGUAACUAUAAAAACAUUAUAAGUAUUUUUAAUUCUUAAGAUUAUCUUGCUUAUGUAUAAGACUAAGUAAUUAUGUAUCUACACAUACUUCGGUUUUAGAAAAAAAUAAUAUUGACUAAAAUAGGUUAUAGUUAAAAUUCAUAACUGAGUUUCUUUUAUCUAACUGAAUCAACAAUUGUUGAAUAUUUAAAUAUUCCUUCAGACUAUUGAAUAAUGUACCUAACUAAUAAUUUUUUUUUCUUUAAUAAUUGUGUGUGAAAGUCACUAUUCAUAUAAUAUUUAAUCGACAAAAUUUUGUUACUUUUCAGAGUUCUACAUACGGAACGAGUAAUAUUAAAAUUGAAAAUGAAAUCAACAUAAAGGACAUUAUCGAUGGACAUAAUAUAAAAGAAGAGUAUGAGCAAUUUUAUUUGUUAUAACCUUACAACUUCAAAUUUAGAUUAUUGUAUUAAAUUAAAUUCUAUAGUGGUUGUACAAUUGACAUUUUAUUAAUUUGGGUUCAGUGCUUUAAAAUGUAUACCUUAUCUAAUUAAUAGCUUUUACUUACUCAUAUAGUGUUUAUAAAUCGUAAAUAUAAAUAUAUGAAUUUGAUUGUUAGUUAGUAGUUAUCUGAAAAACCACCUUGUUUGAGUUAAACAUACUAGCACGAUGAAUCAAUUAAAUCAUUUUUUUUAUAUUUAAUAUAAAACAUAAAAAGUGUAAUAAUUUGUAUGAUUUAUUUAAUUUAGAGAAAAUACUAUUUCUACUGCUGGCGACAUUGCAUGUGACUUUGGACUAGGAAAUAUUAACAAAAAUUCAUCCGAUAAUUCAGCUGAUAUUGAAGAAAUAUUUCUUUAUAAACAAGAUUUAUUUAAAAAAUUUGUUUUCGGUAGAGUCGACUAUCAAAAAUUUGAAAACCAUGUGCAGACAUUGGUAGAUGAUAUUGUCAAAAACAAUAAUUUACAACCAGCAGUACCGUUGUCUGAACUAUUUUGUACCAAUGACAAUGUGAGUAUAAAUUAUUAUUUAUUGCAUUUAUAUUAUCUAUUAGGUUUCUUAGUUAUAUUCAUAACAUAACUACAAAACAUCAGAGCUUCAGAUUAUUCUGAAUUUAAAUUUAUUUUAUUUUCAAAACUUACCCUUUUUUUAUAAUUACUAAGACUAUAAUAAUGAUAUUUCACAAAUAAAAAUAAUAUCUAAUACUUUUUAAUAUGAGUGUUAGGCUUAUGAGUUUUUAAACUGUCUACUUAUUCACAAGAUAAACUUUUAAAGACUUGUAUCUAUUUUUAUUUUUGAAAAUGCUUUAAAUUUUGAUUCUGUAUAAAAUAUUAAAAUGUAUUGAUAUGAAAUGGAAUAAUAACUGUGAUGUUUAUGCUAAAAUACUGUAGGCACCUAAAAUAUCUAUUAGAAUUGGAAAUGACAUCCAAGUUUUAGUAUUGUUUUAAAUUAUUAAAAAUAACAAUACAGAAUAUCCUAUUUUAUCUUAAAUCACAAACUAGUUCUACAAUUUUUUAGUUGGUCUUAAAAUAAUCUCUGUAUAAACCAUAAACUUUUAAGAGUGUAUUAAAUUACCAUUACAUUUGUUUUCUUCUGAAACUACAUUUGUUAUCAAUUUUAUUUACAAAUGUAAACUGUUUAAUGAUGUAGUUAUUAUUGUUGCAUGUUUAUCAAGAAAUGUUAAACUUGUGUUUUUCUUUUGCCUAUCUAAUGGGGCCAUAUAAUAACAAUUGUGAUCUACAUAUUUUCAAUAGUAUUAUGGCUCUGAUUUCAUUAAAGACAGCAUUAACUAUAACAUCAAUAAGGAAUUUGAUUUACCGACUUUCUAGUUUUUUGGGACAAAAUCAAAACAUUUUUACAACAAUUGUUUUUUGCAACUAAUUGUUUGUGUUUUUGAAAAAGAAAGUCAUAAACAUCAGUGUUGGUAAACAUCAAAAGUUUGUUUUUGUUUCGGUAAACAUUGUGAAAUGUGUGUAGAUGGUGUUAUAAAAAUAACUAACAGAUAAGAUGAUGUUUCUAAAUUUAAUAAGUAGUGUGAUAGUAGUGAGUGUGAAAUUUAGAAUUACAGCUUAGUAAUUUGCAAAUGUACAUUUUAUAAUUUUCAUAAUAUAAACAUGAAAAAAAAUGGAACAUGGACAAUACUCAUAAAGCUCUAUAAGAAUGCAACAGACCUGAAUUAUAAACAUAAAUUCAAGAAAACCGACAUAUUAAAAGAAAUUGGUGUUCAAUUGAAUACAGACUGUAUGGAAAUUGUAAAUUUGUUAUAGUUUUGUCAACUCAGUAUAGACAGUAUGUUUUUUUUCAUUAAUGUGUUGUCUCAGCAUUAUCUCAGGUAUUAGAUAAACAGAUGUAGUCCUAAAGAUUUCAUAAAUAGUUUUAAGUUGCAUGUAAUAUGUCUAUUGUUUUGCGUUUUUCUAAUCAAUAUGCAUAUCACUAAGUUAUCAUAUUUGUCUGUAAUAUUAAUUUCUUUAAUUAUAAUUAAAAACACAUCACCUACUUACUUAAUCAAUGAAAUAUGAAAUUAUUAUUAUAAAAGUAUUAAAAAAUAUGGAUAAUGAGGGUAAUAUGGUCCUGGUACCCCACCCCUUGACUACACCACUAUAACAUACUAUCACCAAGUAAGCUUUUAAAUUAAAAUACAUAAUACAUAUUACAAUCUUACCUUAACAAAAUUUAAAAAAAUAUCUUGCAUUAUCUUAGUUAAAAAUAGCCCUUUAGUUUAAAAGUUAUUAGUUGAAUCUAAAAUAAACAGCUAUUUUAUUAUGUGUUCAAUAUUUCAGGAAAUUACAAUUUCUGGCUGUUUGAAGUUGAUAAAAAAGGAAUUAUUUCUGAGUUCCUCCUAUGGUUCCAUAAAACUAGAUUUGUCUGAAGCUGGAAAAUUGGAUAAGUCGUUAUUUGCAAAUCAGAUAUUGGUUGUUACUGGUACCAAUACAGAUAGUAAGGUUUUCAAAGUCAGAAAACUGUACACCAAUGCUUCAUUACCGUUGUCACCAAAAAUUCCAAAAUUUGCUCAAGGUUUGUUUAAUUCCCUUUUUUAGAGUAUUGUUAUAUUUUAAUGAAAUUCUAAUAUUCUAAAAAAUAACAUAGUAUUACAUUAAUAUUUUACACAGGUAACAUGAAUAUAAUAGUUGCUGCUGGACCAUUUUUUAGUGAGUCAUCUCCACAGGGCAAAUCAUUGAAAUCUUUAAUAGAAAAAACUAUAAAUUUAAAAGCAAAAUUACUGGUGCUAUUAGGUCCAAUAUUCGAAACAGAUUUUGUUACACAAUUAAACAAAAGCUCAUCAGAAACCUAUGAUGAACUGUUGGAAUUCAUAAUACAACCAUUGUUUAAGUUUGUAACCAGCUAUUAACCUAAUUGUGAUGUUCAAAGAAUAGUAAUGAUGUAUUUAUAUAUAUAUAUAUUUUUUAUCUGAUUUUAGUCAUCCAAAUACUAGAAACACAAAAUUGGUGAUAUUUAGUUCUUGGAAAGAUGCCAAUAGUUACUGUGUUUAUCCUACACCUCCAUUUACUGAAUCCAGAUUACCAACUUUGUACCCUAACAAUAUAUUCAUUGUGUCCGAUCCAACAAUUUUUUCAGCCAACAAUGUAUUAAUUGCUGGUAACGCUAGUGAUGCCCUUAUGGGAUUACAUGUAUCAGGAAUAAAUAAAAUACAGUAAGUAAAGUAUUUGUAUUCAUUAAUAAAAUAAAUAAAUAUAUACAUAUUAUAGACAUGUAAUAUUUAUUAAACAUAUAUUAUAUACAUUUUUUUUUUUAUGUGUAUAGAGAAGAAACAUUUGAAAAACUCUCUAAGCAAAUUGUUUGGCAACAGAGUUUGCAUCCUUCAUAUACUGCUAGCCCUACCAUUCCUGUAGAUCAAUUUUUGUGGUUGGAACAUUGUAACUUCGAAGAAUUUACUCCACAUAUUAUAUUAACUACUUCUCAACUCCGUUCUUUCAUACGGGUAUGUAUUUACUCUUAAACUAUAUUAAAUUGAAUCAAUCUUGUUUUCUGGAAGCACUGAUUUUAAAUUAAACACAUGUGCUGUAAUAACAUAAAUUAGUGAUAAACAGUGUAUAUUUAAUUCUGAACUUUGGUUGCUUAGAUUCAUAAUUCACAAUUCAUCAUGGAUCUUUUUUUUACACGGGUUUGUGAUUAUUGUAAAAUAAGAAUUGUAUUAUACACUAAUAUUUGAUAGAAAUUCUAUUACCAUAAUAAUUAAAAUCAAUGUUUACCUAUUGUAAUUAUUAAAUAAUUAUUGAUUAUUAUUAAAUAUUAAUAAUUGUAUAAUUAUUAUUGGUUUCAGGUUGUUGAAAAUACAAUGGUCAUCAAUGUUGGGCAACUAGUCAAAAGUAAUUCUCAAAAAAAAUUGAUAUCUGGCACAUAUUGUAAGAUUCAAAUUACUCCACCAAAAGAUGGUCAUUGGUCACCAAAGACUAAUAUUUCAGCUCAAGUUAUUCAUAUCUAACAUUAAUAGUAUUAAUUUUGUAUAGAAACUUUUAUUUACAUUUUUUAUUGAUGAACAAUGUUUAUAUUUGACUUAUUGAAUAAUUACUAGAAUUAAUUA